CCUAAUCGCCAUGGACAGGAUCAGCGACCUGCCGGAUUGUAUACUCUUGCACAUCCUCUCCUUUCUCCCUACCAAAACCGCUUUCUCCACCACCGUCCUCUCUCGCCGAUGGACCCACCUCUGCCACGACCUCCAACACUUCGAGUUCAACCAAAUCCAAUAUCAUAACCGCAACGAUACAUGGCCAGAGUUCUGUUCACGAAAGCGAUUGUUCGACAUCGUUGAUUGGAUUCUCUCCCGCGGCAAAGCGCCGCCAAUUCGAACCUUUCGUCUCACCUGUGACCUAGCUCAAUUCGAUGAAUACUCCAUUGUGGAGUGGUUCAUUAGAAAAGUUUCAGGGCCAAACCUCCAGGAAUUGAACUUGGACCUCCAGCUCUCCAUCUUCGGUCUCCCCGAUCGCAAAUUCGUUAUUCCCAACAGCGUUUUCAGCUGCGCUUCCCUCGUGACUCUCCGUUUAAGCGGCGGCAACAUAACAUUCCUUUCGCCUUCUUCUUCGUCGUGCGGUUAUCGCUUGCCAUCGCUCAAGACUCUGGAGAUGCACAAUGUCGAGGCCUCUAUUGAUGACGUGGCAGAGCUUCUCUCUCACUGCACUGCUCUUGAGACUCUCAUUCUUGACUUAAACCGUCAAGUCAGCGAGGUCGGAUUGAGAAUUCACUUUCCUCUUUCUUUGAAGAAAUUGAACUUCCGAUCAGAUUUCAACCCUGUUAGAAUUUAUGGAAUCGAAUGUAGGCAGCAGUUUCCCUCGAUCUGUGUUUCCAACUUGCACAAUGUGGAGGAAGCUACUAUCAACGUUACUUCGCGAGGCUUUGUGCUCAAGUUUCUUGUGGAGUUUCGCUGGUUAAGGAGUUUGGUCCUGGGUGACUUAGUGUUUACUUGUUUGCCCCAGGCUCCUCCGGAUCUUAUUCCGGAAUUGACCUCAUUACGUAGAUUAGAGCUUGCUGUUGGGUGUUUCGACACGAGAUAUAUAAUGAAUAUGCUUGAGAAGUGUCCCAUGCUUAAAGUUCUUGUUAUUGUUUUUAUCACUGACCUUGUUAAUAAGGAUCCACAUCCGUCACGACGAUGGGAACACCCAGUGAAGGUUCCUACUUGUCUUGCAUCGCAUCUGAAAGUGAUUAAAAUUAAAGGAUAUUUUGAAUCCAGAGAUGAUAGAGAUUUUUUCGCCUAUGUUCUUCAACAUGGACUUGUUUUGGAGUCACUUGAUAUUCAGGUGGAUCGUGCGAGAGCUAAAGUUUUGCCAAGGAGUUCUAAGGCGUGCCAAAUUAACUUUCGCUGGAAUCAGGAGAAGGAGGAGGAGGAGAAAGAGACGUUACCACGAGGACUACAGCAACGGCAACACCUUAGAACACUACAAGAGAAAGCACUAUUGGGACUGUUACAAAAAAAUUUGAAUUUGUAAAAACAUAUUCUUAAGUACGGACCGAAUUUUGAGACGGCCCAAAUAUUAAACAUCCCGAGUAAAAUUAUAAUUUGCGACCAACGCAAGUUGGCACAGAUGGAUGAGGGUUUGUGUUCCUUAACCAUCUCUCCCGGGUUCGAUAUUCACUGGAGGAUGGGAAUGGAGCUUGCUUGCUUGGGAGGGUCGCCCACUUUAUGUGCCUCUGCAGUACCCGAGGAAUUAGUCAUUAGACUGACUUUCGGCCUGAUGGAUACCCUGGUGCAAACCAAAAAAAAAAAAAUUAUAAUUUGCGAUUAAAUUAUGUGAUUUACAUUAAACUUUUUUUUUAAAGAUCUUUUUAAAUAACAUUGUGGUUGAAUUUGUAAAUAUUUUCUUAUAAUUCUUGAGUAAAAUUCUCAAAUCUUUUUAUUCUUA